UUUGAUUAGAAUAUAUGACAGAUAUUUUCUUGCUUCAGCUUAAAUUUAAGGUUGAUGGUUGGAUUUUAAGCAUUUAUUUUGUUUGCACGAAAUAAAGCAAAUAUCUACAACAAACAAAAAUAAAAUAUACGUUUGAACUGUCUGUAUAUGAUUAUCUUGGAUGAAACCCGGAUGAAAAAACGGUAGCACGAAUGUUUACGCUAAACAAACCACAAUAAAUUGCACGACUUUUUUUUUAUAAGACAGGUUUGGGAAGAUUCUAUACUGGUUAAUGAAAGAAUUUAACAUUCUACGUACUCUGGAAUCUGGAAGACAAAUGUUUGUUUCCCUGUGGAAGAGAUUUAAUUAAAGACACACAUUGUUUAAUCAACAGUUCUGUGUGCCUGGUCACCAUGUUCUGGAAGUUCGACUUGCACACCACCUCGCACGUCGACAAGCUGCUGGAUAAGGAGGAUGUGACGCUGCGAGAGCUGAUGGAUGAAGAUGACAUCCUGCAGGAGUGCAAGGCCCAGAACAGUCGGCUCCUACUUUUCCUGAGCCAGGAUCAGUGCAUGGAGGAUCUGGUCACGCUCAUAACUCAGGAGCCGCCCACAGACAUAGACGAGAAGAUACGUUUCAAGUAUCCUAACAUCGCCUGUGAGCUGCUGACAUCUGAUGUGAACCAUAUCAAUGAUAAACUUGGAGGGGACGAGUCUUUGCUCGAAAUACUAUACAGAUUCCUAGAACAGGAGCCACCCCUGAAUCCUCUGCUCGCCAGUUUCUUCAGCAAAACUAUUGGAAACCUCAUAGCUAGAAAAACAGAACAGGUUAUUAGCUUUUUGAGGAAGAAAGAUGGUUUCAUCAGCCUAGUCCUGAAACACAUUGACACUUCAGCCAUGAUGGAUCUACUGCUUCGUCUCAUCAGCUGUGUGGAGCCUGCCCCUUUACGACAAGAGGUCUUAAAUUGGCUGAAUGAAGAGAAGUUGAUUCAGCGACUUGUAGAUCUUAUUCACACAGGUCAAGAUGAAGAGAAACAGUCCAAUGCUUCCCAGACUCUGUGUGAUAUAAUCAGACUGAGCAGAGACCAGGCAACCCAGAUGCAAGAUACUACAGAACCUGACCCACUGCUUACUGUAAUAGAAUCGCAGGAUACUGUCGAACAGCUUUUGAAGAAUAUGUUCAAGGAAGACAAGAGUGAGAACUGCUUAGUAAACGGAACUCAAGUGCUACUUACAUUACUAGAACCCAGAAGGCCAGGGGUGGAAGGGCUGAUGGAUUUGUGUUCUCAGGGAUAUGAAAGGUCUUACACUGUCAAUAGCAGCAUUUUACUUGGUAUUGAACCUCAUCUGAAGGAUUUUCAGCAGCUUCUGCUCAAUCCUCCUAAGAAAAGUGCAAUACUGACUACAAUAGGCGUACUCGAGGAGCCGCUGGGAAAUGCUCGCCUUCACGUUUCCAGACUCAUUGCCUCCUUGCUUCAGACCAGCACAGCCAGCAUCAACCAGGAACUAUGCAGGCUUGAUACCAUGGACCUUCUACUUGACUUGUUUUUUAAAUACACCUGGAAUAACUUUUUGCACUUCCAAGUGGAGCUGUGUAUAGCAGCUAUCUUGACCCACUCGGCAAAUGAAGAGAAGACAGCAGGGAGUCCAGCGAAUAAAGCUGAGGAUGAACAGAGCGAGAAUCCAAACCCAGAGAACCCCACUGACAGCAGCUCUGAGAAUAUCCUUGUGACACAUCUUUUCCAGAAGUGCUGUUUGGUGCAGAGGAUACUGGAUGCCUGGGAAGCAAAUGACAAAAUACAGGCAGAAGGUGGGAUGAGAAGAGGCAACAUGGGGCAUCUCACCAGAAUAGCUAAUACUGUGGUACAGAACAUGGAGAAAGGACCUGUCCAGGCUCAAAUUAGUGACCUCAUCAAAGAGCUGCCCGAGGACUGUCAAGGACGGUGGGAAAGUUUUGUAGAGGAGACUCUAACUGAGACAAACAGAAGAAACACUGUUGAUCUGGUGAGCACGCACAACCUACACUCUUCCAGUGAAGAUGAUGACAUGGAAAGCCCAUUCCAUAAUGAGAUUUCGCUUCAGCAGGCAUUUUCAGAUUAUCAGAUCCAGCAGAUGACGUCCAAUUUUGUAGACCAGUUUGGAUUUAACGACGAGGAAUUCGCAGAACAAACCGACAACGUAAAUGCCACGUUUGACAGGAUUGCAGAAAUAAAUUUCACAUUAGAUGCUGAUGAUGAUAGUCCAAAUGCAGCUGUAUUUGAGGCAUGCUGUAAGGAGCGGAUACAGCAGUUUGAUGACAAUGAGGAUGAAGAGGACAUCUGGGAAGAGAAAGAGAUCAGCUAUGCAACACAAGUCAAAUCGAGAACAAGGUUUGGUGUUUCAAAUACCUCUGAAAGCUCCUCUAAGAGUGAUGUGGAAAACGGAGAGCAGGAUGGGAGCAUCGAUUCAGAGGAGGAACAGGAGCCAGAGCCAGAGCCAGAGCCCCAGCCACAGACACAGACACAGGCACAGCCAGAGCCAGUGCCACAGCCAGACCCAGAGCCUGGAGAGCCAGCAGAGCCAGCAGCCAAGACAGAAACCAGUGGAAACCGGAAUCGCCAGGCUGAGAGCAAACAAGCAGAUUCUCCCAAAAGCCCUGUAUGGACAGCUACCUUUGAGAACACAGUGAACUCUAAGCCUCCCCUUCCAUGCGCAGCUGUGGAUGUGGGCUCCAGUGUCUGGGAUUCAGCAGCAGCAGUAGCAUGCGAUACCACUAUAACCGAGGGAAAAGGAUGGGCAAAGUUUACAGACUUUCAGCCUUUCUGUUGCUCAGAGUCUGUCCCCAGAUGUAGCUCCCCUGUUGACUCAGACAGUAAUGAUUCAGAAGGGCACCCCAAACAAAACCAGGACAAAAACUUGAGUGGCUCCUCCCCUUGUGUCUGGAAUGUUUGUGUGGCACGAAAGGCACCUUUGGUGGCAUCUGACAGCAGCUCGUCUGGCGGGUCUGACAGUGAAGAGGAGGACGAUAAAACAGACAUAGUCACAGAAACCAUAAAGACUGGCUCAGGGCAUGAAACCGUCAAACUCACCAUGGACGCCAAAAAUGAGAAAGCAGUCUUCACAAGAGGGAAGGACUCCUACAGAAUAUUUAGGCCUUCAGUUAGAUGCAGUGAUGCAGAUUCCAUGCUUAUAGACAAGCUCACUAUAACGGAUGUCCCUCAGAAGGGAUGUGAAUCUCCACACAGGACAGAGCCGUCAGAAGACCCUCUAAACUCCAGCGCUACAGACAGCGCAACAAUAGAACUUAUAGCAAAAGACAGAAACAGAGAAGAGGCAGUGCCUUCUGAAGCAACUCUCAAUGGCCCUGCUUGACGAUGUGGGGAUAAGAGCAGGUCGGAAACAGUUUGGGCCGCUUCCAUUUUACUCCAGAACCUCUUGAUGCAACUUGGUGUUUGAAAUAAAAUAAUGCUGCGUAAUUGGAUGAUCAGGACCAGUGUAUAUAUAUAUAUAUAUAUAUAUAUAUAUAUAUAUAUAUAUAUAUAUAUAUAUAAUAUGAAACUUAUUUUUAGCUGAUGUCUAAAUGUAGCAAUGAACAUCUGAUUACAGUUUUAAAUAAUUAAUCUUUUUCUUCAGUUCCUGGAAGAUUUCUCUUUGGCUGUUUCCAUUCAAACAUUUAAUUUUAAACCUGUAUUCAGUUUGCGUAAGAGGUAGUGCAUCAGGAUGUGGAGCAGCAGCAGCCCUAAAGAAGCGGCCCUAAAUGAUCUGUCAAAUUGCACUUGAACCACUUUUUAGGACAGCCAAUCUUUUUUCAGGGAUGUCAGCUCUUAACUGUUUUGGUCUAAAGUCAUUGAAACCUCAUCCCCCCCCCAAUUAUGUUAUCUGUGGUGAUUGAUUUUUUUUUUUGUUAAAAAAUAGAUAAUGUAUUUUUAUACCAGGCCUACACAACUCCAAAGUCUGUUCUGUUAAAAAAAAAUUAACCUGUCCCUGUUUGGCAUGAGCUUUCAAAUAUUAUUAUAUAUAUAAUUACAGCUGAAUAAAAUGAAGUAUAGUACAAAAAAAUGCCUACAAGCAUACAACUAGAUAGGUUUCAUUUUAGUAUAUUUCAGCUAUUGCCUUGAAAAUGGGAUAUAAUUACUGUAUGAAAGUAAACAGGGUCUGUUGAACUUUUUUUGGCUGGAACUGUUAUAAGAAUGCUCACUUUUUAGGAGUAAUGUUUUGAUAUAUAUUAAAACAAGUGAAGCUAGGUAAGUGGGCUAGCUAUUUGGUUGCAGUGAAGACCCAAAAUUGGAAUAACUAACAUGCCAGAAUUAUUGAAAAGUAGAACAUGUGGAAUUCAGGAUCAAAGGAAAGAAAUUAACCUUAAACAGAAAUACUUUGCUUAAAGCAAAUGGAUCAAGCAGAAGCACAGUUGAACCCUGGGAAUUUCAACAAUUUAUACUAUUGAGCACUGUUGUGUUCCUUUUGAAAGCAUGGCGACAUUAUGACUGAAUUACCUUGUAAUUAUGGAAAUUCUACUACAGGAUUGUUACUACAGGAUAGCUGGCAAAAAGUUAAACUGUGUUUCAUUGUAUAUCCGGAGACACUGUGCCGAUUUCACAUUGUCAAGACUAAAAAAUUAUACCAAAUUCCUUGCUUUCCAGUGCAAUCAUCAUUUCAGUGUUUUGCAUAUGAGAAUGUGCAUUGGGAGUGUAGAACUCUUGAGCAUGCAGUGUAUUUUCUGCCCAGCCUCCAAGUUGAAAUCAGACGCCCAUUAUUUGUUAUUGUAAUGCUUACCUAUUGCACUUGUACAGUGCUGAUAGAAUAGCCUAUUUAAACCAAAUAAUAAUGUAGUGUAACUUAGAAACAUCAAUGUUUGCCUAUAAUCAUCUAAACCCAUGCCAUAAUGAAAGUGCUGUAUGUGUCCUUUCUGACUCUUUCCUGCAUACACAGAGACUUCUUUCUUAUACAGAUAUGACCCCUUUAACUCAGAAGGGCGAGAUCUGGUUUGUAAUGUAUACUGUAUUUCCAUAUUUCCAGUUUCUCCAUAUCAAAGACAAUUUCCAUAACAUGUUUUCAAAGUACUCCCAUUCAGAGUCUCAGGACCAAGAGUUCACAAUAUUCAACAGCCAAGAAUAAAAGUAUAUGUCAAAGCAAAAAUUAUGCAUGUUGUAUAGGAAAGAUGGUUUUACUGCAGUGCGCAUAAAGAUUGAAAUAUACACACAUUGAUUUAGUAUUAAGGAAAUAGGAUAGCCUCAUACUGUGUGUAUGUAUGAAAGGUACGCCAGGGAGACUCAGUUACAGGAAGAUAACUUUAUGUUCAAUUGAGGCAAAAGUCGAUGCUUCUUAGUUUAUCCACCAAGGGACAAAAUUGAUAAAAAAAAAAAAAAAGAUGGCCAUUUCAGAAAUGCCAAAAAUUAUUUUUAUUUUUUUAAACCAACCAUUUUGUGCAUAGUAUAAGUGUAUCUACUUUGAAAUAAUGAUUACCAAGAGCCAAAUCACCAACUUAAUUUCAGAAUUGUAUAACCACGUGAAAUAAAAUUAGUUUCCUUAGAAAGCAGACUGUUCUGCACAUUAUAGAAACCCUUUGGCUGGAUAUGUUUUUGAAUUUGUUGUCUGGUCUGUCAGUAGAUUUACUAAUAACAUUUACAGCCUUCUGAACUGCCUAUUUGUGCAUUGGAGGUUUCUUCCUUAUGAGCCAUUUACUGUGCAAUCCUUUUUAACAUCAAUUGUUUAAUUUCUUUGUCAUCCUGGCAGAUACAACAGGAGGUACCUCAAUGAUGUAUUUUCAUACCCCUUCUGCAACCUAAUUGAGGGGGAAGGUUUAUAUCUGCUAUUUCUAGGAAGGUCAUAAGAGGUUACUUUGAUUUUCAGCAUCUUUAAAUACCUGUUUCCCCUUGUAUCAGAUCAAAGGUUUAUUGUGUUAUAUACAGUUCAGUAUUGGACUAGCACCAAAACUGUUAAGAAAACUGAAUUGGCUGUAGAAAUGGUAUGGUUGAUUCAGGAGAGUAUCCAUAGAAUUGUAUUUUAAACUAUUUUAAAAAAGAAGGAGAUCUUGUUCAAUUUGAUAUAGCCUCGGAUGUGAAAGGAUGUUGGGUCUUUGCUCGCAAUGUCAGUGUUGCUUUGAAAAGUUUGCUGUAACAAUGCAUUUUUAAUUAUGUGUUUAAGGAAGCUAUUGUACAGCGAAACCUGUUAAAUGCUGAAUAGUUACAAAAAUAGAAUGUUAAAAAACAUCAAUGUCAAAACAGUUUUGUAUGUAUUUGAUAUCACCAUGAAUUAUUGAUGCAGAGCACUAGCAUGUUUAAAUAGCACAUGGGUCAUUUCACAUCAAAUGGACCACAUUUUUGGAUCCUCCCUGCCUCACCCUCUCAGAUUCUUUUGAUAUUGCAUAUGGAAGUACCCGGAAGUGUUUUAGGAAGAAUCCCAAAAAUAUUAGCUCUCAACUCGUUCUAUUUAAGUUAUGGGCCUGUAAUGGGGGGAGUGCCUGUGAAGGAUGAAAUCGAGGAAGCGGCCAAAUUUGAGAGGUCAGAUCUUUCAAAGUAUUCAAUAUAUCUUCUUGAUACUUGCUACACGCACAUAACUGCUCUUGGACCAUGGAUUACCAAUAGGCAAUAUGUUGACACAUAUAAACUAGAAGAGCAGUUCUGUUUGUGCAGUGAGUAUCAAACGUCUCUAACAUGGCCCCUUUUCUGUGCUUGUUUUCAUCCAUCACGGUUGAGAGCUAAUAUUUAUGGGAUUCUUCCUAAAGCACUUCCGGGUACCUCAGUGCACAAUAUCAAAAGAAUUGAGAUGAUGAGGUGGGGACCAUUGGUCUAUUUAAUGUGGAAUGAUCCACAUAUAAUAGAAUGACUGAUAUGACAGCUAAAGCUGUGCCAAGCCACAAAUGAAAGAGCAUAGAGAAUAUAAUAAAUCUUAGUCUGUUGGCUAAUGUGUGGAUGAACUGUAGUCCUAACCCUCACCUGUUAACAGUUUUGUUUGGCUAAAAAAAAAGUUAUUUUCCAGGUUUCCCUGUAAAUAAAACAAAGGCAAUAAUGAUAUUUUGUUAUAUUUGUUCACCCCAGCAUCAGUUACCUGUUUCUCUAAAUAACUGCCUAUUCUCCAAAAAUGUUUUGGCUUUACUCUACAUUUACGCACAUCUUUCUUUUUUUGUGCUUAAAGGCUUGUUUAAAAUAAAACAAAAUAAUAAUAAUACAAAAAGGUUUAUUUGUAUAGUGAGACAUGCAUUUGUCAUUUUGUAACUGCACUUUUAAGAUUUAAUUUGCUUAUUAUAAGAAUAUAGUAAAUUAGGAGACGAUAACAACAGGUUGGGGAUCUUCAGAUUAUACAAGUUUUGUCUUUUUGUUGUUUUUUUAUUCAAGGCAACUUCCCAUUUCAAUUUACUUUUAACAAGAUGGAGAAGUUGCCUGUAACAUCCAUUUUACUUUUAUUAAAAACAAACACCUCUUUUCUAUUUGACUUAUUGGUCUUGUUCUGUUUGUACUAGUUUCUUAUAUAGACUAAUAUCACAUGUCCAGAUCAGAUGAUAAAGGUGAACUGGGUUCAUAAUUGUGUGAAAGCACUCGUUAAAGAAAGGUUGUGUUUUAAAAAUGGGAAAAUAUUAGUACACUACAGUAUGUGUAUUUUUAAAGGACCAUGGCAAAUAUAAAUAAACAAGCCGCUGCUGAGGUUAAAGCACAGUUCAGUUCAGAAGACCUAUUGUACUUUAACUUCAGCACUGGUUUGUUUAUUCAUUUUUGCCAUGAUCUUUUAAAAUCUUUACUUUGCGUUCCAGGUCAGGUCUGGGCGUGAUCUACGUAAACGGGAGCACUAAUUGAAAUGGAGCUGUACCGAAAGCAAACCACUGCAAAUGGAAAAGAGGCUUUAGCACUCCCUGCCCUGAUGUCUUUCACUGGUUCUUGUAUAAUCGUCAUGGUGAUCUCUCGCCCCUACCGACUGGUUUAACAGUGUGAUCAGUAUGACAUGCAUACUUUGGGCAGAUAAUUUGAAUCCAAAGCCUGCCACCUUAAGUUUUUUUUUGUUUGUUUGUUUGUUUUUAUUAUCUAAAAUGGCUGAUUUUUAAAUUGAGUUCCUAAACUAAAUUUUCUCAUUAGUCUUUUCAGAUUUACUUUCACCAUCUUAUAAUUAGAUCAGCAUUUUAUAUUUUAAUGGCAUAUUCAAUUGACCAUUUACCACCUUUAGUUUGUUUAGUGAUGUAUUGUUUACUGACCUACUGAUAUUUAAAAGGCUAAAUCUUUUAAACCAUUUCAGUUGUUUUUGAGAAUCAAAAACAUCUUUCCAUUAUAACAAGUCCAAGCUCAAUGGCAGUGGUAGUCACAAGCCUGUAGAAAUUGGGGACUGGAAAUAUGGGAAAGCCAUUAGGCCUGGUCCUCACAACCUUAAAAUGAGACCCAGAAACUCAUUCCCUAUUCCCUCCGAUAGUUACCUAACAGUUAUUUCAAUCCUAGAUACGUUUACUAGUCUGUGGUUAGUCCCUGUUUGUCAUGCCAGCCAAAUAAAGUACAGUAUAGCUGGAAACUAAUGUGUGAUUUUUUUUUUUUGUUAGAUUUACAAAUCUUUGCUACAGCCAUUACUAAUAGCAAUACUAAUAAGGUGGUGUUUUGAAGGGAUGGAGGCAAUGUAAGUGGAGGAGUUGGAAAGUUUUAAUAUGUAUUGUAAAAGAGGCAGCAACAGUACGUUGUGAAGCUUUAAAGUUGACAGCAUGUUUUGCUUUAAGCCAAACAUAGUCUAUUGUAUUAAAUGUUAGCUGUUUCAAAUCCAGACCUCCUAACCUAGUAAUGUAAUCCAGGACAACUGAGCUUGUUGUGGGAAUGGAGGGAUGUUUUACAGAGAACAACAUUCACCGCAGCAGAAGUUUUUUUGUUUUUUUUUAACAUUCCUUUACAAAAGGGAGCUGCCAUCAUUAUCAUAAAGCUGCAAAAGGUCUGUCAACAAUCAAUAUAUUUUUUUUUUACCGAAGAGCAGCUGAUGUAGACAGAAAGUCAUUUUUCAUAAUAACUUACUUUGACUUCAUCCUGUAGUACCCAGUGCCUAUAGCAGUCCGAACACACCUCUACAGUGUAUUAAUCCUUUCCAAUUACCAGCCCAUUUCAGCCAAAAUAUUAUUUAGCCUGGGUUCUGUACUUUUAAACAACAGCAAAUUACAAAAGAUGUUGAAUUCAAGAACACACAUAUUUGAACUCGUGAGUUUAGAAAUUGAACACAAAUUUAUAUUACAAAAAUGUAUUCCUUUUUUAUGGCUUGUUUUUGCUCAGGAACUAUAAAUCAGUUAUUGCAUAAGGGUUAGGCUAUGCAGCGUUUAACUGAAACGUGUAGAUAAUAAAAUAUAGUGCUCGCUUACAGGUGCCAAGUUUGGGAUGUUUGUAUUUCUCUAAAUUUAGAAGAACAGUUUACCCCAUUACAAGUUAAAUAAGGCUGAACAUAUUUAUACCAGUCUGUAUAUUUAUACCAGAUGUUGCAGUAUGGGAAAAAGCUCUUUUGUACCAGUCAAGGGGAUGAAGUGUGCUGCAGUAACCAGUGUUCAAUUAUUUAAAAUCCAGUUUAGUCCUUCUACACCUCCAGAAUAAACCCAAAGUGAUUGAUCCUUAUCUUUUCAACACUUACUCUGUGGCCUUUUAUGUUAAAUUGUAAUGAAUCUGGGAUAUAGUGCAAAGUAGUAGGGGCCCUUUUCAAUGAUGCUUAAAUGAUAUAGUACUUUAGAGUGUGUCAAUAUUUUAUCUUUGUAAUUAUUGUAUGUAUGUAUUUAUGUAUAUGAGGUACAAAAAAACCCACAAAAUAAUAAAAAAAUGAUCUGUGCUGCCUUUUGAUUUCUGUGCAUUUUAUGAUUUCUAUAUUAAACAAGUAUUUCAGUCUGUUAUUCGGUCAAGUCUUUUUUUGUAUUGUAAAACUGAUGCUGGUGGUUUAAUUUAAUUUAAUUUUUUUUGGUAUAAAAAUGAGACUGUAUCUCUUAUCUGUUGUCAAGUUUAGGCUGUAAAUUCAAACUAUUAAACAAAUAUUUCAAA